CUCAGCUGUUGCUCCGGAGCCUGGCCAAGGCUUCAGCGGGGGCGGGGCGUGCCCCUGGUGUCCUUGGGCUGUCAGCGCCGGACGGGACACGCACAGGACGCACCAUGAGGGGCUUGUUGAUAUCCUGCUCCCGGACCCUGAUCCGUCCCUUCAGCUCCAGUACCAGAAACUUGGUGAACAGAGUGGCAGAAAAACAAAAACUCUUCCAGGAGAAAAACGACCUCCCGGUUCACCUGAAGGGGGGCCCCCAGGACAACCUUCUCUACAGACUGACCAUGGCCAUUUGCUUGGGAGGUACCACUUACGGCCUCUUCUGCCUCGGCUGGGCCUCCUUCCCCCACAAGAAGUGAGAUGGACUACAGGACUUCGGAGGGGGGACGGGCUGGCAGGGCCCUGGGCCGAAAUAAAGUCCCUGGCUGGGAGACACUAAUCCAGA